CGGCCGACCAACAAACACUGCAAACAUCGGGACAUGCAGGCCUCGGGUAUCUUUUUUCGGGUCGUUUCUCCAGAUGAUGUCAAAUCCGUAUUGAUAACUUAUAAGCUUAUCGACUCUUCACUUUACGCUUGACCAGACUCAAACUGCCUAUCAAAGCAUAAGGGAUAGAGGAUCGACAUAAUGUCUGCACCGCGAAUUCUCAGCCGCGUCCUGCGGCCUAUGCCAGCUGCAUUCAACGCGCGCUCGGCUUCGGCAAUCACCCGUUCAUUCGGCACGACCGGCCUGCGCUUCAAGAGCCCCGAGGAUGCAUACACUGGCAAGCUUGAGCACUUUACUGGUGGUCGUCAGGAUCAGGGGCCUCAGAAGCCCGAGUUGGAAGUCGGAGAGAUGGAGGGUAUCACUUUCAAGGUGGAGCCCUUGAAGAGAUCUGGCGAGGAUACUACAACCAUGCGAGCCCGGCUACUAUACCAAAGCCGCAAGCGCGGUAUCCUCGAAUCUGACCUUCUCCUCUCCACAUUUGCGGAUGUCUACCUUCGCACCAUGAGCCACGCCCAGCUACAAGAAUACGACAGCUUCCUCGACGAGAACGAUUGGGACAUCUACUACUGGGCAACCCAAGACCCGCCCUCCGAUAUCCCCGAAGCCGCUCAGCCUCCCAAGGAAGACACCGUCACGGAGACGUGGAAGAACACCGGCGCCAAGAGCGGUGAGUGGGCGCAGACUAUUGGCGCGUUCAAGGCCGCUUAUCGGCCUGUGCCGUCGCGGUGGACGGACUCGGAGGUGCUGCGAUUGUUGAGGGAGCAUGUCCGUGAUAAGAGUGCGACAGGCUUUGAGUCUGCUAAGAAUAAGAAGGCUGGUGGUGGUGGUGGGUUGGGACGGAUGCCCAAUGUCCAGGUGUUUAACUAGAGGAAGGCUUGCGAGAGAGAUGGUUGAUGGAGCCGUGUACGAUAUGAUAGAGUGCCUAUGGGUGGAGUGUAUCUGCCCGUGUAUAGUUGGUCGGG